CCAGCGUUAGCGCCGGAGCGGCGGUGAGGAGGAGCUGCUCGCUGAGCCUGCGGAGCUCCAGCCCGGCUAUAGCGGCACACACAGCCCCGGAGAGCAGCCGGAGGAACCGGAGGAGCCCAGUGAGUCCCCCCUGCUCUCAUACGGAUAAUAAAAGAUCUUCUCUGCGCGGUGAAAUCGGUGGGAUGGUGUGUCUGUGGUCAGAGUGAGGAUGGGCUGCACCUCGGCGAAGCAGGUGUCGGCCGUGCCGAGUGAUGAAGAGGGCCGAGGCAAAGCUUACAGUAACGGAGACCUGUUCACAGAUGAAUACAGGAUGAAGGGAGUAGAGGAGGUGAAGUAUAUGCGUGGAGAAGAAGACAGAGUGAACGCACGCAACCAGGAGAACUUGGAGAAGAGUUCAGCACAUAAAACCAAACUGCACAAGGAGGUCCCAGGAGCCAACGCCAACAGAGCCAAUAUUCAUACGUCAGAGAGUCAGCAGGAGUUCUUUAGAAUGCUGGAUGAGAAGAUUGAGAAGGGACGGGACUACUGUUCGGAGGAAGAGGACGUGACAUAGCAUAGUGGCCCCCCCCCCGACCCCUGCAGAUAGAGGAAGAAAGAGGGGGAGAGAAUGUUCCCUUCUGUGGACGAGCGACGAGUGAACUCUAAUCAGUGUUUCGUCUGUAACUCUGUUCAGUCUGAGCGCGUGUGAGUGAGUGAGUGAGUGAGUAAGAGGGAUUUUUCCCUCGCGGACUGCAGCUCUGUGCCCCGCCCACUCUCCUCCUACUUCUUUCUACCAAGGAUAGACAAAGAAACGGAACGUUUGAUUGAUGUUUGAUUGACGAGUGACCGACCUGUUGACUCACUGCUGGAAAUCCGUCGGCAUUCGCACACGCCUCCCUCUCUUCACACCUCUGCUGUGAACGACGACCCUCCUGACGUCUUCUGAGCGAGAGAGAGAGCGAAAAAGCAGGAUGGAGCGUGAAAGAGAAAGGAGGAAUUGCUGUUUGUGGAGGUGAAGGAGUGCAUGUGAGAGUGCGGAUGGAGGGAUUAGUAGAGGUGUGUGUAAUAUGUAAAGAAAAAGAGAAGAGAUAUUUUAAUAAGAGAGAUACGUGGGCCAAAACGCUCUGAACUUUUGCCUUUUGAAGGAAUUUUUUUAAUUUGUGAAAGUUUUUUGUUGUUUUUGUAUCUUUUUUUUGUUUUUUUUGGCUGAUAUUAUAGCACAGUGCCCCCUUCAGACUAAAGAUCUAAAGGUCAGGGCUGCAGUGCCCCAUGCAGUGACCCUUACAGACCCUUCUCACAGACACACUAUUAAACAUUUGAGCAUAUUGCAUUAUACAACCACAUCGAAACUUGUAACUCAGUUGUUUUUAUGUUUGAACACUCUUUAACAUUUCACAGUGGAGUGACAAAUAGGAAUUAUCCAGAUUUGCUUAUGAAUAAAAAUAAAGAACAUUUAAUAAAUCA